ACCUCAGAUAUACCCGAUAAUUGGGAUCAUCUGAAAAGAUUUUUGAAUAAUAAAUUUGGCGAUCAAAUCAAUUUAGAUGUGUUGAUUCACCAAUUACAAUUCUUAGAAAAGAAAUCAGAUAUGAUUAGCUUUAUAGAUGAAAUAAUUUCGAUGAAAAUAAGAAUUAACUACAGAAUAGAUGCUGACACGAUGCCAGCUCAAGAAAAACAAUUGUAUAAGACUAAUAUAUUGAAAAUUUGUAAAACGGUGUUAAUUUCGAAUGCACCAACGGAACUUAGAACUUAUUUAAUCGCUAAUAAUGCCUUAACGUUUGACCAAACCAUAAAUGCAAUUAAAGAUUAUUUGUCAAACAUGGAGCAAUAUGAUUUAUUAGAUAAAAGUAGAAAACAUAAUUUUCAAUCGCGAAGGACGAAAAAUAAUUUUCAAAAUAAUAAUAAUAAUAAAAGACACUAUAUUCCAAAUAAUUAUAGAUCAAAUUAUAUUCCCAAUAAUUAUCAUUUUAGAUCGAAUAAUAAUUAUAAUUCAAAUCUAAAUUCAAAUUUCCCCUCACAACCUAUUCAGUUUAAUCAAAGACCUGUGAAUAAUUAUUAUCCUACAAACAAACAAGUGUUCGGAUAUCCAAAGACGGAACGAUAUAAUAAUCAAAAUGUUUUUAAACCAAAUCCCAACCAACGAAUUAAUACACCACCAGAAAAAAUGUCAGUCCAAACUAGAAACUUUGCACAAAAACGUCCAAAUUAUUCGACGCAAUUCCCAACAAAUCCAAAUAAGAAAUUUUAUUCCGAUGAACAAACCCCCAAUUAUACAUUUGAGGAAUUAACCCAAUUAGAUUCGAGUCAGAAUAAAAAGAAUUAUUAUGAACAAAAUGAUAGAGGUCGUUGGAAAACCAAGAAUUCAAAUAAAUCAAAACAAUUUCCCACGAAAUUCGUAAUUGGCGACGCUUCGACUUCAAAAAAUUUUGAAGAACGAAAUUUUUGCGAACUAGCCUCGGGAAACGAAUCGACUUAAAUAAUAGUAUUGAUCAUUCAAAUCAACUUCCCUAUAUCGAAUUCAAUUAUCCUAAAUGUAAACUUUUGAUUGACAGUGGAUGUUCAGUUUGUUUAAUAGACCCCAAAUUUGCGUAUAAUAAUUGCCCAAGUAAUAUUUAUCAAGAAAAAACCACUUUAACCGCGUGUAUGAGACAAAACACUUCAAAUGAAAAAGUCUUAUUGCCUUUAUUUUCUGAAUUUAACGUAGAAGAUACUCAUCCAUUUGUACUUUAUAAAUUUCAUAGAAAUUAUGAUGGCUUAAUAGGAGCAGAUUUUUUGAACAAGUAUGGAAUCAAUUUGAACUUUCAAGAUCAAAUUUUAGAAAAUGAAUUUUGCAACAUUCCUUUUAAAUACCAACAAGUAUGUCAAAAUCCAACGAAAAUCCCAGUGGAUCUUUCUCAUUUAGAAUCAAAAAUAAGUAAUCAACUUAUGAAAAUUUUACAAACAAACGAAAAUGUAUUACAAUUACCCAAUCAACCUUUAUCUUUUUCUAGUAGAAUCAAACAUAAGAUUCGAACAACCGAUGAUGUUCCGGUUCAUUGCAAAAUUUAUAGAUAUCCCGAAGUACACAGGGAAGAAGUCAAAAAACAAAUAAAAGAUUUAUUAGAUAAAAAUAUUAUUCGACCAAGUAUUUCCCCCUGGUCUUUCCCAGUAGUUAUAGUCCCAAAGAAAGAGGACUUAUCAGGAAAAGUAAAAUGGCGAAUGGCCAUCGAUUAUAGAAAACUGAAUGAUAAAACAAUUGAUGAUAAAUAUCCUUUACCCCAAAUUGAUAGUAUCCUAGAUAAAUUAGGAAAUAAAAAGUAUUUUACGACACUUGACCUUGCCUCAGGCUUUCAUCAAAUCGAAAUGGACGAAGAAUCAAUAGAAAAAACGGCUUUUACUGUAGAUAAUGGACAUUACGAAUUUUUAAGAAUGCCAUUUGGUUUAAAAAACGCGCCUGCUACAUUUCAGCGAUUGAUGAAUAAUAUUUUGAAAGAUUAUAUAGGAAAAAUUUGUCAUAUUUAUAUGGAUGACAUAAUUAUUUUUUCAGAAACAGUAGAACAGCAUUUGGCUGAUAUUCAUACUAUAUUGGAAACGCUUAUGAAAGAUGAUAUGAAAAUUCAAUUAGAUAAAUGUCAUUUCUUCAAAACAGAAAUCGAAUUUUUAGGUCACAUUAUAACUCCAGAAGGAAUAAAACCUAAUCCAAAAAAAUUAGAAGCAGUAACUAAAUUUCCAAUUCCUAAAACACCGAAAGAAAUCAAAUCUUUCCUUGGUUUAGUAGGAUAUUAUAGAAAAUUCAUUCCAAAUUUUGCAAAGAUAGCAAAACCUUUGACUGCGUGUUUAAAAAAAGAAGCGAAAAUUGAUAUUGAUGAUAUAAAAUAUGUAGAAGCUUUUCAGGUUCUGAAACGUAACCUUUUAAACCAUCCAAUCCUAUGUUAUCCUGAUUUUAAUAAACCUUUCGUGCUUACUACAGAUGCAUCCGGAUAUGCAAUCGGUUCAGUCCUUUCUCAAGGUACUCCACCAGGUGAUUUACCUGUAGCGUAUGCUAGUCGUACUCUCAGCCAAUCGGAAAUAAAAUAUAGCACCAUAGAAAAGGAGCUUUUGGCUAUUUUAUUCAGUUGCAAAUUUUUUAGACCCUAUUUGUACGGAAAAAAAUUUAUAAUUUAUACGGAUCAUAAACCAUUAACUUGGUUAUUUUCAUUAAAAGAACCAAAUUCUCGCCUUAUGCGAUGGCGAAUUAAAUUAGAGGAAUUUGACUAUGAAAUUAGAUACAGAAAAGGUUCAACGAAUAAUGCAGAUGCAUUGAGCAGAAUUGUUAUAGAAAAUGAAAUUAAUUUUGAAAAUUUUAUAAAGCUGAAUGAAAUCAAUGAAAUAACGGAUUCUCCAAAUGUAAAAGAGAAAGAAGGUAAUUUAUUUAAAGCCCCUAAAAAUUAUGCAUUAGCGCAUUGUGUUUCUAAAGACUUCCACAUGAGUCGAGGUAUAGCCGUCUGUUUUAAAAAUAAAUACGGAAAUAUUGAAAAACUGAAAUCGCAAAAUAAAAUGGUAGGUCAAGUUGCCAAGAUUCGAAAAGAUAAUAGAAAUAUUUAUUAUUUAAUAACGAAAGAAAAUUAUUAUGAUAAACCUACGUACGAAAACGUAUUUAAAUCUCUAAUGGAACUUAGAGAAAUUUGUGAAAUGAAUAAUGAAAAAUAUUUAGCAAUACCACGUAUAAGUAGCGGAUUAGACCGAUUGAAAUGGUCCACAAUUUUUAAUAUGAUAAAAUAUAUUUUUCUGAAUUUGAAUAUGAAAAUUACUAUAUUCUAUUUACCAAAUAAGAAUGGUAAUGAAAUAAAUCAAAUCAAAGCAUCAAAUAUGCAAAUGAACGAUUUGAACGAAAUCGAAGAAAUAAAUAAUGGUAUUGAAGAUGACUUAGUGUCAAUAAUUAAUCAAGUUACUGACGAAGAACUUGAUGAAUGCUUGGAAUUACUAAAUGCAGGUGAAUGCGAAAAUGAUGAUUCCAAUGAAAAUGAAGAUGAAAAUAUAAUUGAUUUCGAAACUUCAAACGUGAUUAUACACGAUGAUGUAACCAUUCACAGUAGUAUAGAAAACCCUAUCUUUGAAAUACCUUAUACGGAGAGAAGUAUAAACUCCGCGAAUUUGCAGGUCAUAUUUAAAAAAGCAUCGAAUUAUGAUGUUACGAAAAUUAAAUUGUUCGGAGAAAAAUUAAGAUUUCUUGUAUCAGUAAAUUCUGUCGAAACAGAUUUAUGUAGAUUUAUUCGAGAAUAUCUACGUCCAAAAAGUCCUUAUACAAUAUACUUCAAAUCAUUAGAAUUAGAAAAACCUCUUAUACGAAUUUUGCAAGAGAAAUUCGAUUAUAAGAGCCUUGAUUUGAAAAUAUCGAGAACAUUAGUAGAAGAUGUCGAAGACAAGGAGGAACAACUCCUUAGAAUGAAACAAUUCCAUGAAACCAAAACUUCACAUCGUGGAUUACGCGAAAAUUUAUUAAGUUUGAAAAGAAAGUAUUAUUGGCCGAAUAUGAAUAAAGAUAUUCAGAAUUAUAUAAAUACAUGUGAAAUUUGUCAAAAAUCUAAAUAUGAAAGAACUCCAGUUCAACUUCAAUUUAAACCAAAUCCCGUCGGUACGAAACCUUUUACUCAUGUCUACUGUGACACGAUUAAAUUUAAUCAAACAAAUUGUUUAAGCGUGAUAGAUUCUUUUUCCAGAUUUGGACAAUGCUAUCCUUUGUUACAAAAGACAGGAUCAGAAAUUAUGGACAAAUUAUUAAUUUAUUUUAGUCAUUAUGGAAUCCCUAACAAAAUUACUUGUGAUAAUGGGAUCGAAUUUAAAAAUAAUGUAAUACAAGAUUUUUGCAAAGUCCAUAAAAUCGAAAUACAUUAUAUCACGAAUUAUAACCCAAAUUCAAACGCAUUAGUUGAAAGAUUUCAUUCUACUCUCAUAGAACAAUUGAGAACAAUUGAAAAUAAAAAUUUGACUUUUCAAAAUAAAUUAGCUCAAGCCUUAUUAAGUUAUAAUAAUUCAAAUCAUUCGAGUCUAGAGAUGACUCCAAUGCAAAUCAUCAAAGCCGAUUUAAAUUAUUCUUUACCCAUUGAAAGAACUCAUAAUGAACAAAUUCAAAAUUAUGUUGAAAAUUACUUAGAAAAUUUCAACGAUAUUUCAAAACAUUUAGAAAAACGACAAGAGAAAAACUUGGCCCGUUUAGAAAAAACAAAUAAGAAAAGAUCUGCUGAUCGUCCCUUAAAUGAAAAUCCAACGUAUAUUAAAAAUCCGAAAACAAGAAAACUCGACCCAGCGUUCAAAAGAAUCGAUGCAAGUGAAAUAGACUCACAUCGUAUUCAAGAUUCGAAAAAUAAACAUAUUUAUCAUAAGAAAAUUAUGAAGCAACGAAAGAAGUAACUUUCAAAUUUUAUUUUCAGAUUCAACAUGGAUCACCAUUCAUUUACAUUGAUAAUUAUGAUUUUAAUGAUA